AUGGCGACCCGACGCUCCAACUUUCACCAGCAGGUUCUCAUCGACACGACGCCGCUCCCGGACGAUGUCCCGGCCGUCAAGGAGAUUGGCGCCAGCUCGGCGCCGCUGCUGUCGGCGUCCUUCUUCAUCGGCGCCCGGUGCCGCGACUACAACGACGACUACAUGCAGUGCAAGACGGAGAACCCCGGCCGCGGCGAGUUCGAGUGCAUGAAGGAGGGGCGACGGGUCACCCGCUGCGCCCAGAGCGUGAUCAAGGACAUCAACACCCACUGCCUCGCCGAGUUCCGCAAGCACUGGGAGUGCCUGGACGACCGGAACCAUCAGCUCUGGCAGUGCCGCCCCGCCGAGUGGAAGCUGAACAAGUGUGUCUUUGACAACCUGAAACUCGAGAAGAAGAUCCCCGAUCAGCCGACCAACGUCACCCCUGUCGAGCUGCGACCGAAGCAAAUCUUUGCCGAUGUGCGCAUCAGCCCUGGCGACGGCAAGCCGUUCGUUCCCAACCAGCAGACCGAGGCGAAGCAAUAG